AUGCACAUGAAAACCGUGCUCAUCCUCCUCGUUCUGGCUUUAGCCACGAUAUUUGCUUUGGUCUGUGUGCUGCUGACCAGGGGAAGGGCCCCCAGCACCUGCCAGCACCAGCCCCCGGAGCAGGAGGACACCGAUGGCGGCCGCAGCCUGGUCUUUGCUGACCUGACGCCUGAAGAGAUGGUGCAGGUGGUGCGGUACCUGCAGGCAAACCUCGGGGUGCAGCUGGUCGACGCCUCGCGUGCGAAGCCCUCCGACAACUGCAUCGCCUCCGUCGACGUGCAGGUCCCCGGCAAGGCAGAGGUGCUGCGGUUCCUGGAUGGCGGGGGGGCUCAGCCCUCCCGGGAGGCGCUGGCUGUGCUCUACUUUGGGAACCAGCCAGACCCCAACAUCACCGAGUACGUGGUGGGUCCGCUGCCGACGCCGGCGUAUCACCGGGACGUCACGGUGCAGAAGUACGGGGGGAAGGUGCCGUACCACCGCAGACCUGUUACCGGCAAGGAGUACAUGGAUAUCCACGCCCUCAUCCAGCAAGAGCUGAGAAAGGCAGCUCCCCGUGGAUUCCAGUCUGGAGAUCGGAUCACUUGGUUCGCUUUGUUUCAGAACGUGAGCGGGUUCUUUGUGCACCCGGUGGGGCUGGAGGUGCUGGUGGACCACAGCAGCCUGGACAUCUCCCGGUGGGCAGUGAGCAGGGUCUUCUACAACGGGCAGUACUACAGGGACAUGGUUCAGCUGGAGAGCGCCUAUGUGCAGGGUCGCGUCAGCGUGGAGAAGGUGAGGAAAGCGCCGUGGGAUGGGGACUUCUCGUCCAUGAAGCCCCGAGCGCCCUCGGCUGCGCUGUUCCCUUUGCAGUACGAGCCCCAGGGUCCCCGUAGGAACAACCACGUCCUCUUCCAGGCAUGGAGCUUUGCCUUUGGGAUGAGCGUGAGCACGGGCCUGCGCCUGUUUGACAUCCGACACAAGGGGGAGAGGGUUGCCUAUGAAAUCAGUGUCCAAGAAGCGUUGUCAGUGUAUGGCUCCAACUGCCCCGGAGGGAUGUCAACGAGGUACAUGGACGGGAGCUUUGGCAUCGGGCGCUACACCUCCCCCUUGGUGCGAGGGGUCGACUGCCCAUACUCGGCCACCUAUGUUGACACACACACUCUGUCUGAGACCCUGAGCCCCAGCAAGAGAAAGGCUUCACUCUGCAUUUUUGAGCAGAACCUGGGCUCCCCUCUGAGGCGCCACUACUCCAACUUGCAGUCGCUCUACUACGGGGGCCUGGUCAACUCUGCUCUGGUCGUUCGGUCCAUUGCAACCGUGGGCAACUACGACUACGUGUGGGACUUCAUCUUCUACCAGAACGGGGCCAUCGAAGGCAAGGUCCAGGCCACGGGGUACCUGAGCUCAUCCUUUCUCCAUGGCGAUGGUCUGAGAUACGGCAAUAGGGUUUGGGAGCACACGCUGGGUACGAUACGCACCCAUUUAUUCAACUACAAAGUGGACUUGGAUGUGGGAGGUAGGUCUGGGAACCUGGGCUCCCCUCUGAGGCGCCACUACUCCAACUUGCAGUCGCUCUACUACGGGGGCCUGGUCAACUCUGCUCUGGUCGUUCGGUCCAUUGCAACCGUGGGCAACUACGACUACGUGUGGGACUUCAUCUUCUACCAGAACGGGGCCAUCGAAGGCAAGGUCCAGGCCACGGGGUACCUGAGCUCAUCCUUUCUCCAUGGCGAUGGUCUGAGAUACGGCAAUAGGGUUUGGGAGCACACGCUGGGUACGAUACACACCCAUUCCAUCAACUACAAAGUGGACUUGGAUGUGGGAGGCAUGGCCGAGCAGACAGGGAGACACAGCCCUGUCUGCGGGGCUGAAGGUGCGAGCCUGAUGCUGGUCUUGGCGCUCCUUAACGUGAGCGGGUUCUUUGUGCACCCGGUGGGGCUGGAGGUGCUGGUGGACCACAGCAGCCUGGACAUCUCCCGGUGGGCAGUGAGCAGGGUCUUCUACAACGGGCAGUACUACAGGGACAUGGUUCAGCUGGAGAGUGCCUAUGUGCAGGGUCGCGUCAGCGUGGAGAAGGUGAGGAAAGCGCCGUGGGAUGGGGACUUCUCGUCCAUGAAGCCCCGAGCGCCCUCGGCUGCGCUGUUCCCUUUGCAGUACGAGCCCCAGGGUCCCCGCUACAGCGUCAGGAACAACCACGUCCUCUUCCAGGCAUGGAGCUUUGCCUUUGGGAUGAGCGUGAGCACGGGCCUGCGCCUGUUUGACAUCCGACACAAGGGGGAGAGGGUUGCCUAUGAAAUCAGUGUCCAAGAAGCGUUGUCAGUGUAUGGCUCCAACUGCCCCGGAGGGAUGUCAACGAGGUACAUGGACGGGAGCUUUGGCAUCGGGCGCUACACCUCCCCCUUGGUGCGAGGGGUCGACUGCCCAUAUUUAGCGAUGUACCUGGAUGUGCACUACCUUGCUCAUUCCCAGGUCCCUAGAAUUAGUAAAAAUGCCCUCUGCAUUUUUGAGCAGAACCUGGGCUCCCCUCUGAGGCGCCACUACUCCAACUUGCAGUCGCUCUACUACGGGGGCCUGGUCAACUCUGCUCUGGUCGUUCGGUCCAUUGCAACCGUGGGCAACUACGACUACGUGUGGGACUUCAUCUUCUACCAGAACGGGGCCAUCGAAGGCAAGGUCCAGGCCACGGGGUACCUGAGCUCAUCCUUUCUCCAUGGCGAUGGUCUGAGAUACGGCAAUAGGGUUUGGGAGCACACGCUGGGUACGAUACGCACCCAUUUAUUCAACUACAAAGUGGACUUGGAUGUGGGAGUUGGCAAACAGAUGAAGAGCCGUGUCUGCAGGUGA